UUGGUUCGCGCGACCUGCUGCAUGUGCCUUCGCUCGCCUAGAGCUCGGUACGAAAACCGUGACUUCUCGCGGCUUGCUUAUUUUCUUUCUGCUCGCGUACGAAACAAGAUGUGCGCGCGAUUUAGAAGAAAUCUAGCACUCGGAAAAUAGCUAAACGGUGUUCCAUAGAGGUUACUUUGAUGGCACUAGUGACUGCGACCGUGUAGAUAUCGCGCUUUUCUCACACACCCACGCGAUUCGGUUCAAAACGAAAGAAAGAAAGGAAAAAAACAUUGGUGUUUUCGAAGUGUUGACCUUGCGUCCCGUACGUGUGAAUAGAUCUGUGGAUGUCUGGUUGGAAAAGUGGUUCCGACGGAUAAAAAUACAACCCGUUUCUGUUUGAAAUUCUUUGAGAAGAUUGCCACUGAAAUAAAGAUAUGCAAAUCUUGACCUACAGUGAGUGAGUUUAUGACUGUGGUAUUUCUAUUUUGGUCGGAUGUAAACAAGAAAAAUCUGUGAUGUUACGAAACGAGUUAGAGUUUCAAUGUUAAGCGAGAUUUAAUUAUAAACUGCGCAUUUGAUGGAUAGAAUGCCUAUGGGUAACCUAUUUCCAACUUGUCGAAGCGAGAGUAGGUAAAUAUCAAUCAACAUCGUCAAUAUAAUGCGCAAUUGGAGAAAAAGUGAAAUCACCCCAGUAUAUUCAACGUUAUACAACCGCUUAGUAGAUGAAAAAUACAAACAGUGCCAAGCUAAAGUAAUAAAGAAUAAAGAGAGAAAAACGUGUAUCAGCUGAACCAGUAUCGUUGUCUGUGACCUGCACGGGUAUAUCGGAUCUAUACAGUGACAUACAUUCAGGGGCUAUCUGUAUUGGAGUUGGCAAAUUUGUUCGAGAAUUUGUGCAAAAUCGGAUAAUCUGUUCGGAUCUACAGCUCAAUCAAUAAAGCCAAAAUGCCAACUCUACUGGAAGCCUUGGAGGAAAAAUACGGUUUCGGAGGUCAGAGAGACAAAUUGGACGAGGCACUCGUAUCGAUAUUUGUACCCAAGUUGCCGCCUAGGUUGAGUGUUCCCGAGUUACUAAUUCUAAAUGACUGUAACAUCGAUAAGGCAGGAGAACCAGAAGACUUGCGUCGAAAAUGUUGCACCGUCAAAGAACUGGAUCUAGCCCAGAACAAACUGGAAAAUUGGGAAGAAGUCUUUGGAAUACUAUCGCACAUGCCCCGUGUCGAAUUUGUCAAUCUAAGCCUGAACCGGUUGGGAGGGCCCAUCGAGUUGUCACCACCUUGUAAAAUGGAUCGGCUUCGAAGCCUGGUGCUAAACAACACAAAACUGGAGUGGUAUGGAGUGGAAACCCUGCUGCGAUUGCUCCCGGUUCUGGAAGAACUUCAUCUAAGCCUGAAUGAAUAUACCCAUGUCUUGAUUGAUACCAUCGUGGACGAUGGCUAUGAAACCGAGACAACCACCGACGAAUCGUGCUGUGAUGAUACAACCUGCCAACAAUGCCAACAAGAAGAGCAAACCCAUUCUAGUCGUGGUCAGAAACGUAGUGCAUCCGAAUGUUCUUUGUAUAAGAAAACCGAGGCGCAUCCUGGCGUCAAGAAGCUACAUCUCACCGGGAAUCAUAUUAGCCAAUGGAGUGAAAUAUGUCGAGUUGGACGGCUGUUUCCGAACCUGGAAGCUUUGGUGUUAGCAGAUUGUCCUAUUAAGUCGCUUUGCCCACCUGAAGACAAUAGCGAUGAGGAGCACAGCAGUUCAACGUCUUCCCCGCCAACGAAAACGGAAAGUCAUGAACAUUUCAAGAACUUGACGCUGCUGAAUUUGAGCAACGCUAAGAUCGAUUCAUGGGACGACAUCGAUCGGUUAGCGCGGUUUCCUGUGCUAAAAAACCUCCGCGUGCAGUGCUGGCCAUUGUGGGACAAAUGUGAUUCGACGGAGCACGAACGGCGACAGCUGCUGAUUGCCAGACUGCCCAAGAUCAACAUUCUCAACGGAGGCGACGUGAUCGGUUCGGUAGAGCGCGAGGACGCGGAACGAUCCUUCAUACGGUAUUACCUCGAUAAGCCGGAAAGCGAUCGACCGGACAGAUACUUCGAGCUGGUGGCUGUUCAUGGUAAAUUGGAUCCGCUGGUCAACAUUGAUUUGAGGCCCGAGAGACGUGUGAAGAUCACAUUCACAUACGGAGACACCAGCGAGGAACGAUCGGUGGAUGUUUAUAGAACUGUAGUGGACCUCAAGUCCCGUUUGGAGAGAAUUGUCGGGCUUCCAGCAUCAAAGAUGCGACUGUUCUACGUUGAUCAAGAUCUGCGCGACCUGCAGGGCCUAGAGGAAAUGAAAUAUCCCCACAAGCGACUGUACAGCUACAAUAUUCGCUCCGGCGACGAAAUCAUCAUCGAUCAAAAGCAUUAGCUGCAAAACUGCCGUACGUACGUAUCUGUAGCGGACUGGAUUCAUUUCUUUUCUGGAACAGAAAAUACAGUAACAAAUAAACAAGACGAUUGGACUGCCAUUGUUACUUUGUAACGAUGCAAUCAAAUUAAUGACUUAUCAUGCAGCUACUAUAUACGUCUUUCUCACAAUUUACAAAGCGCUUAAAAUAGCUGUAGUGCGUAAUAUUGAAACGUAAUUUAACGACCUAAUAAUUUAUGCGUAUACCCCCAGUGUGAAUUGCACAAUUCCAACCCGUACUAUACUAACGUAUUAGUAUCCUAGAAGUAUAAAUCAGAUAAAAGGACUGUUGAGACAAUAUUGGCAGUUGUAAAAGUAGUCUUCGGUUAGACAGAGUAACAAGCGUACACAGAACGGUGGAUGAUGUCUUAGCGAGAAUGGGAACAGAACUGAAGUCACGAGUCCACUUUUAAUGUGUACGAAUUCAAUGAUUGUGAUGAGAAAUACUUGUAAAAUGCGAAGGUAAGAGGAGAAGAUAGUAAUAAUCUUCAAAGGUAAUGAAUAAUAUGGCAAUUGAAAGGAA